AUGAUUUAUCGCAACCGCAUUGCAGACUUAACAACGGAACUAAUACCAGCGGCCACCGUUGCCGAUAAUAAUAAUGAUCAUUCCGAUGAACAACACCACCACUAUUAUACGGCAACAACAACGGGCCCGCAUCACCAGCAACAUUUUAUACAUAAUGAUUACACACCAUCUGAUAUUUCGCAGCAGAUGCUGAUGAAUGCACGAAAUGCAACAACAUUGGCUGAAAAAUUGCCCGGAUUACAGGGACAAGGUUGUCAAUUCAUCAGUACUACUGGAACUAAUCACAACGAUGGGACAGGAUCUUAUGUGAUAGUGAAUCAACAGUCUAUUGGUACUUGUGAUUAUCUGGACAGCAGUUUAAGCAGUAAUAGGAGCAGUAUCGAUAACGUGAUACCAUGCUCGAAAGCUACAAGUUCAUUGGUAACUAGCCCAAAACAGCAUGAGCCACAACGUGUAACCUGUGUAUUCAGUGGUGUUACUACUAAUGUAAUGAACAGAGAUAUUAAUGAGGAUGGAGCAAGACUACAGCGGUUUUACACCAGCUCACGGAAUGUCACUUCACAAGGUACAUUAGGAGCGAGUGAUCCGGUAAUAACGGGUCAGCGAACUUAUUUGCUUGGCAGUACCAGUAACAAUAGAAGCAGUAGCAAUGGCAGUGGGAGGCAAAUGGAUACAAUGAAUAUGCCAAAAAAUUAUGGUAUCUCCUCAGGAAAUAACUAUCAACCGCAGCACCAUUAUGUUCCUAUUCGAUCAUCAUUCAGAUCGCCAGGUACAACUGAACGAAAGUCAAAUCGUUCAUCGUCCAAAAAGGAACCAAUGGAUCCAAAAAAUGUUGAAGAAGAAGUAGCUAGAAAUGUUUCACAGAUUCUGAGUGCAUCACUGAAUCAGAAGUUAUCGUCAUCAGGUUUUGCAUCAACGGGUGGAUCGAGUGCAAAUGGGCAGUUGUCCAGCAGUAAUUCUAGUACGUCAGCUCCUUCAACAGCAAAAAAAUCAUUUACUUGCGUUGAUUGCCAUAAAACUGUGAGCACUUCUCGCAAUUUACAACGUCAUCGGAUGUCCUGCAAAUUGGCGCAGGCAUCGUCAAACCCUGGGAAAUCGAUGACAACUGGCGCUGGACAACUUCAGGCAACUGUUAUCACCAUGCCUUUAAAUUCCACACAGAUUAAUGGAUUGUCAAAUGCAUAUUCGGCUGGUCAAAGGAGCGUAGGUAGUGCAGCGAAUUCCAUCUCGUCAUCGGGAAUAAUACCACCAACGUCGAAUGUUCCCAUAUCCUAUAAUAAUAAUUUAACUACAUCAGUUACUGAUACCGUUGAUGUAUCAUCAGUCAACAAUCAACGAGCCACACAAAUUUAUAACACUCCAUCAGAGAUAACUGCUUCUGAUGAAAGGUUGAGACCGGUAUGUGAAGAUUCAUAUCUGGACAAAGCAGUAGCAGAGAUGACACGAAACGGUGAUUUGAAUACAUUGACUGCUGGAAGAUUGGCUUCAAGCUUGUUGGAUGAAGACGAUCAUACUUUUUCAACGAUAUCCUUGCCAUCAGGUACAGCUGCAACGGAUGAUUCUCAUCCGUUUCAGUCGCCUGUCCAAACAUCUUCGAACAGUGAACCAUUUAAUCUCUCUAUCUAUACACAACAGUCAGCGCAAAUCAAAAGACCGGGCGCUUCUAUGCAAUUAUACCGAUGCGAGUCAUGCAACAAAACGGUUAGUUCGAGCAGAAGUUUAAAGAGACAUCGUAGCACUUGCAAACAGUUCCAGCUUGAAUAUGGACAAUUGAAACAAAAGUCAGCUGAUAAUAUAAGUCCCACAGCAGAUUCUAGAAGUGAAUCAUUUCUGCUCAAUUCAUCGGUAACUGGAUUACCACCUGUACAGGAACAGCUAUUGCUGCAGCGACAGUCUCUUGCCUGUGUUGUUACCGAAUUACCUGCCGUUAGUGGUGUUGUUUCGUCCACUUCCUGUAGUGCGCCGAUUCAGUCAGAAGUUCAGGUCACUAGUAUGGAAAGUGGUGUAGUUCAGAAUCGAACAAAUAGUAAUGGUACAGUAACGGUUGGCACAUCGAUCAGUAUAAAUGUUUGUGAGGACUGUAAUCGAAUUUUGUGUAGUGCGUCGAAUCUGAAACGUCAUCGCGCAACUUGCAAAGCGGCUUCCAUGUUCAAACUUGGGAACGCCAAACUUCAAGAUCGACAUUUAGCCCCUGUUCUUGCUACUUCACUGAGCACUAUAGUGGAACAACCGUUCAACAAGGAACAUCCAUAUGAGAACAAUCAAGUUGAUGACCAUGAACGUUCAAUGCUUGAUCGUUCAUGUGCCACAUCGCUUGGUGCAACGAAAGAAGCAAUGCAACAAAAUGUUCUUAUAACUGCAGCAACCAUCGAUGCUGCCACAUAUUCCAAUGCAACCCCUAAUACAGCACAUCAAAGAUCGAGUAGUGAUGCAUCAGUUACUUAUAUCACAUAUGAUACUGCUAAUGUAGCGUCAGUACAACAACACCAACAGCAGAUAACAGCAGGAGUGCAGCCAGCUUCGCAGCUGGAAUCGUUGAAAGUUGGAGCUGCUAAGGCUAAGCCAUGGAUAACUGUUGGUGAACAUUUGCGAGCACGACAUAAUCAACGUGUCAUCCAGCAGCGACAACAACAGCAACAACAGCAACAACAACAACAGCAAAUAAUAGAAAUGCAGCGACAGCGUGAAUCAGCUACAUCUUAUGUACCGGAAACAUUGGGUACUUAUGCGCAAGCAGUAACAGUGCCGAUUUCUUAUGCUGAAGACACUAUUUCAGCCCGAUUAAGGCAGCAACUUCCGAGCUCUGUGUUGACGUACAAUGAGAAUAGUGUCGAUAGUGAUGACCAGUCUUCCAAUCAGUUAAACUUGAAGCAUAAUGCUGCAAGACAGCCGUCUUAUUAUACAACAAGGGUGCAUUAUGAUGGUGGCAGUGGCAUUAUCACUUGUGAUAUUUACGAUCAACAACAAGGAAGAAAUAGUUUCAAAAUGGAAGAACCGUCACUGAGUCCGCAAGAUACAUCUGCACGUUCCUCAGCUUCACCAAUUCUAACAACUUCCACUACUCCAGCAAAUUAUUCCGAUACGACACAAGCACAGUUACCAAAAAAUGAGAAAUGUGAAGCGCGGCCAUUAGCAAGUAUUAUCACCACUGCACCACUCUCCACGUCAUGCUCUGCAACUGAUUCAAGUAAAUCCCAACAGCAGCAGAGCACAAACUCUGCAGUGUUCACUACACCUGUGGUAUGUGGCACCGUGCAACCGCAACAAACACCUCCAUCAGCUUCAUCAACAGCACCUUAUCGGAACAGUGAAAAUAUGUCAUCUGCUGCAACUGAUAAUUAUCGUUAUGAAUGCCCUGAAUGCCAGAAAACCUCGAAUUUUGAAGAUGCGAUUAGUCAAUCGAUUGAUCGAUCGGACAGUUGCUCGGUUGAGCGUGUUAGACGGGUUGUUGCCCAAUCUGUUUAUUCGUGUCGAAAAAACGUAAAAAGACAUCGUAUGGCGGUCCAUAAAUUAACACCUGAAGAAGUGGCCAAGAUUGAGCCUGUAAGAGUACUACUUACAACUGAUAGUGAACAUAAGCAGCGACAGUUCCAACACCAACGACAACGACAGUUGCGGUUACUUCAAACUACUGAAUUAAAGAGUCUCAAAAGUUCGAAACUGUCAAAUGAAAAAUCAGAUAUGCAGCAGCAACAACAGCAUUCUUCUGACUUUGGAAAUUGUGCAGCUCAGUUAGUGCCAAAUGUUAUGCUGUCACAGCAACUGCAUCUUCAACUAGAACAGCAGCAGCAGCAGCAGCUUCAUCAGCGUCAACUGCAACCGCAAUUGCAGCUUCAGCAGACACAACUUCAGGAACAGCAACAAAUAUCAGGAUCUGAUCAUUGUAAAGGUCCUGCAGUAGUAACAUCAGUAACAUCUGUAAGCACCAGUUGGACAUCUUGCAUUACAUCUAUGUCACUACCAACACCGCAAAAUAUUGGUGAAUAUCGGUUGAGCGAAGAAGAAGGUGCACAGCUGGCUGAAAUUGAAGAGGAUCUAAAGCGAUCUGCAGAAUACAAAUUGACCGAAGCAGACAGUGAAUCAGAUAACAGAAGACCAGUAGCUGAAUUAGCAGAAGCUGAUACAACUUUUCAUGAAGAAUAUGAAGAUAGCACUGGGCGAUUACAUCCAUCACAUCCACCAUCGCUGUCAUCGAAUGGCGGAGUUGUUUCACCUCCGUCAAAUCCUGCUUCAAACAGUUCCGUUUCAUCAAAUUAUCCUAUCACGAGUCCUGUGGCUUCUCAGAUAUCUUCAGUUAUAUCGGAAAGUAGUGGUUUUGCGGCACAAUUACCACCCAUUAAAGCACCAAUUCCUAUGUCACCAUCGAACUCUUCGCAGCAGAUGGCGAUGAUACAAAAUCGGAGAAUGUACCAUCAAACACAACCGCGCAUUUCAUCAAAUGAGGGUCAAACGCUAAAUCCAGUAAAUCCAGUAUCGAUUGAUGGUACUGCUGUAUUCACAAAACCAGCAAACAUUGUUCGUUGGCAAUAUCCUCCAUCUACAAAGUCUCCCUCAGUACGAAAUUAUUUUCACUCAUCAGUGAAGCAAAAACAACAUAUUUGUGUUGAUUGUAAUAGGGCGCUUUCAUCCGAUUAUUCGCUUAAACGACAUCGUUCGACGUGUGUUGAAGCGAAGGCUGCAGCUGCAGCAAAAGCAAUGGAUACCACUAUUUCUGCUGCUGACAUGCGCAAUAAUGAGUGCAUAAAAACACUGCCAGAGCAUUAUAGUGACUCCGGCAGUUCAAGAUCUUCUACUUCUGUGCUUUCGAACGAACCAACAAUGAAAGAACCUUCGUGUAUAAACGCAUCAUCUUACGGACCGAGCGAUUCAGACCUACGAGUGUCACAGCAGCUUACGCCAGUAUCUGCAAGGAAUACCGAUAUAACAUUGCCUCAGACAUAUUCUUCCUAUGACGAAGAUGCAGAUAAUGGUGUGCUGUGUCGUGUUUGUGAUUGUUGGUUACCUGGACAACGAGAAUUUGAUCGCCAUUGUGAUGAAUUGCAUCCAGUUGCUGCUGAUCCAGAUAGUACAACCGUACCCCAAACGUUUGAACAGACAUCGUUACCAUCCGGAUCAAUAAUGUUGAGCACAGCGAUUUCACCGGAAGUGAAUUUAAAUCCCUCUGGUCCAUAUUCUGUUGCUACUAUAAGCCGAAAGCGAGUAUCUUCGGAUCCCCUUGAAUCCGGGAGCUAUUUUAGCACUAAAAGCGGUCGGCAUUUAUGUCAGACAUGUGGGAAAUAUUAUUCAUCAGAAUGGAAUUUGGAAAGGCAUCGGCGAGAAAGUUGUCCGUUGCAUAUGAAGCGAUUAAAAAGUAUUGCUGAUGAUAGGACAAGGUUGGCAAAACUGGAACCAGUGGACUUGUUACAGUUUCAGACAACUGUAAAUACCAGAUGGGUGGAUGACUGCGCUUUAAUUGUCGGUGAAUCUCGAAUCGGUGUUCCAAGAACGAUGCUUUCAAGAGCUUCAACAUACUUCUCAUCUUUAUUUCAAUAUUAUGAAAGUCACAGCGAUGUUCCAUUGCCGGUCCCUGUUGAUCCCAUCGCAUUUCACCAAGCUAUAGAAGCAUUUAAGGGUCGAUUACAACUUGAUGGCAAAAAUAUCGACUGUAUAUUAUUUAUGGCAGAUAAGUUCAAAAUUAAACCUCUUUAUGAUCGAUGCGAACAUUUUAUCGCCGAGAAAUUGCCUUCAUCAUCAGUGAUGCAUGCGAUCCGGCUAGCGGAACAGUAUCGGAUGAGUGAAAUAAAACAAGCGCUAUUCGAUUCGAUUUCUAUAGAUGUAUUUCGUAGUCUCGCAGCUGAUGAAGAUUAUCGGCAGAUGGGUGCAGAACUGAAAGCUGAACUUUUGGAAAAGUGGGGUACUUUCUUAUAA